AUGGCGCCCCGUCCCCGUAAUCGCUUGCCCGUAUGGGACGACGCUGCCUCAUCGAAUGGCUCGGCUGCUCCAAGCACUACUCGCAGCGCUCCUUCAUCUCAAGCAACGGGAGCACACAGCAGUCGACAAGCCCUCUUGAAAUCGUCUGCUCUCUUCCUUCAGGAGGUCCAGACUCAUUGGCCAGCAGUGCCCACCGUCGACAUCGAUCGGCCCUCUAUUCAUACCCUUGGCUCCCCUGGUAGAGUGACGGAUGGCAAUUUCACCCGCAAUGUCCCAAAAGUGCGCUCAGCUUCCUCGACGUCUGCGUCUCGCUCCCACUCCUCCGGGCUGGCACCUCAAGACGCGCUACCGAACCCUCGCGGCGCCCCGAUGGGAAGUGUGUCAUCAGGCCAGCUCGCGACGGCUCACUCACAUCCGCAAAGCAAAUCAACCUCCGACAACAAGAGGUAUGAGAACAAAAAUCGCCUGUCCGUCGCGAGCAGCUUCAUACACCGAGAUAGCGAGGCACUGGAAGAGUUGCUGCUUGAACACGAGACGGUGGCACAUGGUGUGCGCCAACAGUCGUCUCACGAAUCCCUCCGUAGCUCCUAUGUCGCCAGCAAGCCACAAGACCAGGGAGAAGAGCGAAAAAUCAAAGAAGAACUACCAACCACCCAGGUGUUGACAUACCAGGCCGAGGCUGCGUCGCAGGGACAGCCAGAUGCGUCUCUCGCCUCCAGCACCGCCAAACGCCCCCAUGCCGCCUCACCAGCUCAUGUCGAGACCAUCAAACAAUCACAUGGAAAUCGCCGAGCGAGUCAAAGACAUGCUUCUGCUUCUGCACCAUCCAGCAAUGGCCGCACGCGACUCUCACCAAUCUGCUCUGUGCAGAACGGGUCCUCACCACCAGACUCAUGCGCGCCUCAAGUCGAGGACCUGCCCCUGGUGCCUCUAGUCCCACCUUUAUUGGCAGCUGAGCUGCCCUCACAGGCAGACCUGACAGCCGUAUCACCCUUGGAACGUUUUGCCAUCCUGGCCGGCCUCUUCUCGACCAUAGUCAAGGGGUCUCAGACUAGUGUACAGCAAUUUGGCAAUAAGACGGUCCGGCUGAAGAGGGAGUUACGUGCGAGGCUGGAGGAGCUAAAGAGACACGAGAGCAAAAGUCGCCAAAUUGAUUUAUCUCUCCAGAAACUCGCCGAAAAGCUUGCGGAGGUACGCAAGGACACAGACACACGCUCCAUCGGCUCCAGCAAGAGCCAUCGCUUCCUCUCUGGAGUCCUGCGAAGAGCUGCGGCCUCGGAAGCGAAUCUUGCCAUCAAGGGCAAAGAGGCACAAUGGUCAGACGACCCCGGCGCGAAGCAGUACAGUGAGCGCAUCCGACUAACAAGGCGGGAACUCAAGGAUGUCGAAACCGAAAAGGCUGCAGUCGAGGGAGAGAUGCUGCACCAAAAGUCGCGCAUCCGCAUGAUCGAAGGUCUUCUUCCCUCUCUGGAGACACAAGUCGAGAUGGCUCGAAAGAGGUUUGCGGCGUUGCGAGAGCUGGAGAACACGCUUCGAAGCAUGCGCCUCAGUCUCAAUCUACACAAAGCCACGGAGGAAGAAGAAGAUGAGUGCCUUGCCGCACUCUCGUCGGCCUUGACCAAGCAGAGCGCGGCUGUGGAGGUGCUCAAGAAGCACGAGAGCAAGUAUGAGAAGAUCGUGCAGUGCGAAGACUAUCUCAAUGUGGCCAUCGUAGCGGCAGAGCGACUUUCCGCCGUUCUCUCCAAGGUCAGUGCCAGAGCCAACGAAGCCAAUGGAUGUUCCAACAGCAGCAAGAAAGGCAAAGGAGCAAAGGCGAAGAGAAGUGAGGCGGAGGACUGCAAAGAGAUUGCUCGCCUCAGAGCGGCUUGGGUAGGAGCAUGGCAAUGCGUCUACUCAUCUUUGACGAGCAUUAGGGGCAAUACGAGUUCAGUACUCGCUGAAGGUCAGUCGGCCACAGCUACAGAAAUCGACUCGCUCGCUCGUUGUGCAUCACCACCUCUCAGGCGCCCCGCUUCAGCCAACACAGUCACGUGGGCCUCUAUGCCCAAGAUCGAACGCAAGACGACGGGAGGCAUCCUCAUGACCUCUGGCCAGGUAUCGUUGCCUACAUCGAAUGGUAGCGACUCUAGUAGUGGCGGAUCUUCUCCCUCUUCUCCCAUAGAUGACAAGCGCGCCAGCUUCGUCACUGCUCCGAGGCGAUUGCACAGUACCAGCAGUGUCACCAGCUUUGCCACCUUUCGCACUGCACAGAGCUCCAAUGGCGGGUCCAAAAGCGAUCGCGAGCGUGUACAGGAAGGGCAGGAGGUUCUCUGCUCCUCGCAGCUCCUCGCCGCGCUGGGUCAGAUCGCUCUGCUCCUCACCACUCUUGGUCCCCUGGUCCCCCCACGAGUCCUCGCCACGCCUCUAAUGCUCAGCCCACUGACUCUGGCUCAACACACUGCUUCCCUGAUUGCUCUGAUUCAGGGAUUGGAGAAGCUGCGGUGGACGUGGGACGAUAUCAUCUCCUCGUACGAAGAGGCUGGGGAACAAUUGGCCAAGGACUUGGUGGAACGGAUGGGAAAGAGCGACGAGAGGAAGAGCGAGUGGUGGAGUCGAGAGGGCGAGAGAGCCGUUAGUGGCCUGGCUAUGUGA